UUCCUCAACAAACACAAUAUUCUCAAAUAAAAUUUCUUUCUACUUAUUUUCCAAAAAAAAUAAUAUUUGGUCAUUUUUCUAUGAUCAAUGGCAUCAUUUCCAAUUGAUACAAGCAAAGAAAUGAAAUUAGAGAGAUAUAAUAGUUAUAUUAGAAGAUUAAAUAGCACAAAAUUAAUUGUUGCUUCUUCUAAACUUCUUUUUAGAGUUACACUUUUAGUAGCUUUAAUAUUAAUCUUUUUUUUCAUCAUAAAUUACCCUUCUUUUAUCUCAUCGGAAAAUAGUAAUCCACAUCAUCAUAAUAUUCACACCACCACCCAUAACCUCCUCUCCUCCUCCUUCUACGGUGGUGGCGCCGCUUGGGAGAAACAAGUCCGCCACUCCUCCACUCCUCGACGUGUCAAUGGUUUAUCCGUAUUGGUCACAGGUGCGGCGGGUUUUGUUGGUUCUCAUUGCUCAAUGGCAUUAAAGAAACGUGGGGAUGGUGUCUUGGGAAUAGACAAUUUUAAUUCCUAUUAUGACCCUUCAUUGAAACGUGGGCGCCAAAAGUUAUUGGCCCAACACGAAGUCUUCAUAGUGGAAGGUGAUAUAAACGAUGCCGAGCUGUUAUCUAAACUGUUCGACAUCGUUCCAUUCACACACGUACUACAUCUAGCCGCACAGGCGGGGGUGCGGUAUGCGAUGAAAAAUCCACUAUCGUAUGUCCAAUCAAACAUUGCGGGGUUUGUCAACUUAUUGGAGACGGUCAAGUUAGCUAACCCUCAACCCGCGAUUGUCUGGGCAUCGUCCAGCUCGGUUUACGGACUGAACACGAACGUACCGUUUUCCGAAAGUCACCGUACGGAUCAACCAGCUAGCCUUUACGCCGCGACGAAAAAAGCCGGUGAAGAAAUUGCACAUACGUAUAAUCAUAUUUACGGUCUUUCUUUAACCGCAUUAAGGUUUUUUACUGUAUACGGACCGUGGGGUAGACCAGACAUGGCCUAUUUCUUUUUCACUAAGGACAUGGUACAAGGUAAACCAAUAAACGUUUACGUUACACAAGAUGACAAAGAGGUGGCACGUGACUUCACGUAUAUCGAUGACAUCGUUAAGGGGUGUCUCGGGUCGUUAGACACGGCGGAGAAGAGCACCGGAAGUGGUGGCAAGAAGAAGGGUCCGGCCCAAUUAAGGGUGUACAAUUUAGGUAACACUUCACCAAUAUCAGUAAACAAAUUGGUGACAAUUUUGGAGAAUUUAUUAAAUGUUAAGGCUAAAAAAAAUGUAAUUAAAAUGCCUAGAAAUGGUGAUGUACCAUUUACACAUGCUAAUAUUACAUUGGCUAAAAAGGAUUUUGGGUAUAAGCCAACCACAGAUUUGUCAAGUGGAUUAAGGAAGUUUGUCAAGUGGUAUGUGAGUUAUUAUGGGAUUCAAUCAAAAGAUUUAGACUCUUCUAAUGACCAUUCUCAAGACUGAGUGAUAAUUGAUGAUGAUAUUCGAAUCAGCUUGUACUGAUACAUUUCAGUCAUUGUGUCAGAUACGAUACAUGUUACUUAUUAGGGUUCGACGUCCACCGUAUAUAUCAGAUAAUUCGCUCGGAUGGAUGAAAAGGCGAAAGGAAAGUUUAAUUUUUUUCUACAUGUUUAUAUAUAUCAAGAAAAAUGAGAGGAGUAGGAAAAGGACAAGUGUAGAUUAUUGGUGAAGUGGGGUUUGUAAUAAAUGUUUUAAUUAAUAGUUUUUCUGUACAAAUAAAAAUAAUUAGUGCAGAUAAGCUUUUUCAUUAAUUGUAAUGAGUUGAGAUAUAUCAAUGAUAAAAAUCAAGAUUCUCUUUUA